CCGUCCCACUUGAACACUUUCUCUCUCUAUAUAUACAGACCUCUUGUGAGCAUGCUCUCUUUUUCCCUUCUCCUUGCUUCUCAUCUCUCUCUAGCUCUCAUCUCUCCGGAGAUCUCUCCGGCAAUCUUCCCGAUUUUCUCGCCGGAAAAACUCCUUGUCCUUGUUUCAGCUCCUUAAGGGUAUUGUUGAAUAGAGCUGGUUAUGGAAGCUACUAAAGAAUUCGGAAUGAGGAAAGUCAGCUCUAUUUGCUCCAUCUCUGAAAUGGAUGAUUUUGAUCUCACAAAACUUCUUGAUAGGCCGAGGGUUAAUAUCAAAAGGGAGAAAUCGUUUGACGAAAGGUCACUGAGUGAGUUGUCUAUUGGUUUUGGUUUGAACAGAGGGCUGGACAAUUUCGAUACUGCUUACUCGCCUGGAGGGCGAUCAGGCUUGGAUACCCCUGCUUCAUCAGCACGGUUGUCUUUUGAGCCCCAUCCAAUGGUUGCUGAAGCUUGGGAAGCUUUACGGCGAUCUAUGGUGUUCUUUCGCUCCCAACCAGUUGGCACUAUUGCUGCAUAUGACCAUGCUUCAGAGGAAGUACUAAAUUAUGACCAGGUUUUUGUUCGGGAUUUUGUACCAAGUGCUCUGGCUUUUUUGAUGAAUGGUGAACCAGAUAUAGUUAAAAACUUCUUAAUAAAGACAGUUCAGCUUCAAAGUUGGGAAAAGAGAAUAGACAGAUUCAAACUGGGUGAAGGGGCAAUGCCAGCUAGUUUCAAAGUGCUUCAUAAUCCGGAUCGUAAAACAGACAGUGUAGUGGCAGAUUUUGGUGAGAGUGCAAUUGGACGAGUUGCUCCAGUUGAUUCUGGAUUUUGGUGGAUAAUUCUGCUCCGGGCUUAUACAAAGUGUACCGGAGAUCUUACUCUAGCUGAAACACCAGAGUGCCAAAAAGGAAUGAAACUCAUACUAGACCUGUGUUUAUCUGAGGGUUUUGAUACAUUUCCAACUCUUCUAUGUGCUGAUGGAUGCUCAAUGAUUGAUCGAAGAAUGGGAAUUUAUGGUUAUCCUAUUGAAAUCCAGGCACUUUUCUACAUGUCACUAAAAUGUUCAUUGGCGAUGCUAAAACCUGAUACAGAAGGGAAAGAGUUUAUGGAAAAAAUUGUGAAGCGCUUACAUGCCUUAAGUUACCAUAUGAGAAGUUAUUUCUGGCUUGACUUCCAACAAUUAAAUGAUAUUUACCGUUAUAAAACUGAAGAGUACUCUCAUACUGCAGUAAAUAAGUUUAAUGUUAUUCCGGAUUCAAUCCCAGAGUGGGUAUUUGACUUCAUGCCAACCCGCGGUGGCUACUUUAUUGGAAAUGUCAGUCCUGCUCGGAUGGAUUUCCGAUGGUUUGCUCUUGGAAACUGUGUUGCUAUAUUGUCCUCUCUUGCCACUCCUGAGCAAUCUGCUGCUAUUAUGGAUCUUAUUGAGGAACGUUGGGAGGAGCUGGUCGGUGAGAUGCCUAUUAAAAUAUGUUAUCCUGCUAUAGAAAAUCACGAAUGGCGGAUUGUUACCGGUUGUGAUCCAAAGAAUACAAGAUGGAGUUACCACAAUGGAGGAUCUUGGCCAGUGCUUCUGUGGCUGGUAACUGCUGCAUGUAUCAAAACUGGACGACCGCAAAUUGCAAGGAAAAUGAUUGAACUUGCUGAGAGCCGGUUGCUCAAAGAUAGCUGGCCGGAGUAUUAUGACGGAAAACUAGGUAGAUAUGUGGGGAAACAAGCAAGAAAGUAUCAGACAUGGUCGAUUGCAGGGUAUUUGGUAGCAAAGAUGAUGUUGGAAGAUCCGUCUCACCUAGGAAUGAUUUCUCUCGAGGAGGACAGGCAAAUGAAGCCUAUCAAGAGAUCAGCCUCCUGGACUUGCUGAGAAGCCAAAACGAAGAUAGCUAUCUUUUCUGUUUAUUACAAAAGAGAUAAUCCUUUGGUGAUUUCCCUUCUAGAUUUUGUUUGGUUUUGUAUAAUCUGCUAAAGACUAGAAUCUUGCUUCUCUUAAAACAUAAAUAAUAAUAAAUGAAAAAAAAUGGUGAUUUGAUGCUUGUUAA